CACCCUCUUUCAAUUUCAAUUGCUCAUACGUAGAUUUUCUCCAUGUAUGUAUGUUGUUAUUGUUGAAAAACAAUCACAUAUGUAUUUUGAUAAGAUAAUGUAUUCUUUUGUCCUGUGUUAUUUAGACAUAUAAAUAUGGUAACUACUAGUCACUUGUAACUCUCACAAUAUUUACACUUACUUUCAUUCCUUUUAUAUACAAUUGUUAACCGACAAUAAUGCAAACUCCAUUUUAGAAUCUCACAAACACCAAGGCUUUCAAUAUGCCAAACCUCGUAUUCCUCUCCCUAACUAUCACCAUCUAUCUCUCCAUUUCCCACACCAAUUUCCUUGCACAAUCCCUCACUUCACCCUCAGACAUCCGAGCUCUCAAAGCCUUCAAAGCCUCAAUCAACCCCUCCUCAAUCCCACCCUCCUCAUGCAUAGCCUCCUGGAACUUCACCACUGAUCCAUGCUCUACCCCUCGCCGCAUUUACUUCCUCUGCGGAUUCACCUGCACCACUGACUCCACACACAUCAACCAAAUCACACUCGACUCAGCAACCUACUCAGGCACACUCACACCACUCAUCUCUCAACUCACCCAGCUCAUCACACUAGACCUCUCCGACAACAACUUCUCCGGCUCAAUCCCAUCUUCAAUCUCCUCCCUCUCAAAUCUCAAAACCUUAACCCUCCGAUCCAACUCCUUCUCCGGUUCAAUCCCUCUCUCAAUAACCAAACUCAAAUCUCUCGAAUCUAUAGACUUCUCACAUAACUCCCUCUCGGGGCCUAUCCCAAACUCGAUAAAUUCCGUUGCAACCAUUCGCAGAAUCGAUUUAAGCUUCAAUAAACUAACCGGCUCUAUCCCGAAACUACCUCCGAACUUAGUCGAACUCGCAAUCAAGAACAACUCUCUAUCCGGGCCACUCCAAAAACCAACCUUUGAUCAAUCCACCCAACUAGCAGUAGUUGAACUCAGCGAGAAUUCACUCACCGGAACAAUCGAAUCAUGGUUGUUACUUCUACCCUCUUUGCAGCAAGUGAAUUUAGCCAACAACAGCUUCACGGCAAUUCAGAUCUCAAAACCAGCACACCCUGGAGGAAGCAACCUUGUAGCAUUGAACCUCGGAUUCAACAGAAUCCAAGGUUACGCGCCCGCGAAUCUAGCUGCAUAUCCUAUGCUGUCGUUUUUGUCGAUUCGGCAUAACUCGUUACGUGGGAACAUACCAAUGGAGUACGGACAGAUCAAGUCUAUUAAGAAGCUGUUCUUGGACGGGAACUUCCUUGUUGGGAAUCCGCCGCCGGGGUUGUUGGCUGCCGGAGCUACGGUUUCCGGUAGUUUGGGGGAUAAUUGUCUACAGAAGUGUCCAGUUUCUUCGGAAAUGUGUACGCCAGCACAGAAACCCAGUUCUGUUUGCAAACGAGCACAACGUGGAAGAUCAUAGAACACCAUAUGGUUUGUAUGGUUAAUUAACACAGCCAUAGAAAUAUAAAUAGAUUUUUAUGGUUUCUAUUUUUUCAAGAAUUUGUAUAACUACAUUAAUGUUAGUAAAUAAUAUAAAUGUUUGUAUUAGAAAAAAAGAACAUUUUGUGUUGACAGGGAAAAAUAAGUGUUGUGUAAUUAUAAGGUAGUCAAUGUUUCGA